AUGGCCUCCAUUCAAUCUGGACCUGAGCGAACGCGCGCUCGUCGAUGGCUGCCAUCUAUCGCUCUCGGCAGCGGCCUGUUUACCAUCGCGCUCUCGCUAUCGAUGCUUUACGUCUUUAGUCGCUACUCUUCCGACCAUCGUGUUGCUGCCCCUACAGACCACCAGGAACCGGGCACAGCACCGACAACUACACACGUCGACAACUUUACUCCCAUACCUACUCCGACACCGACCCCAGUCAUCCUCCCCGACCCGGCCCAGGAAACAGGCUUUGUGCUAAAUCCCCAAGAUCACAAUGCCAGAGCCCCCAAGACGCUUCGUAUCACAUGGAAUGUCACUCGCGAGUUGCGACAACCAGAUGGUGUUGAGAAGCAGGUAUACCUCAUAAAUGGCCAAUUCCCAGGUCCCGUCAUCGAAGCACGCCCCGGCGACGAACUCGAAAUCAACGUAUUUAACCACAUCGACUCCAAUGCCGAUGGAGUUGCUGUUCACUGGCAUGGCUUGUUAAUGAAUGGCGCAAACGCCAUGGACGGUGUUGUCGGCGUCACUCAAUGCGCCAUUGCCCAGAAUAACAACUACACAUACCGCUUCACACUAGACGAGAAGCAGCACGGUACAUAUUGGUACCAUGCCCAUUCACACCUCCAGAGAGCCGACGGCCUCUACGGUGGCAUCGUCAUACACAGGCCGGCCGAUGAAAAGACCGACCUAGUUAAAUAUAAUUACCAACAAGAAAAGCUGCUCCUCGUUGGGGACUGGUAUCACUGGCCGGCCACUAGAGUUCUUGAAUGGUUUGACAAGGCAGACCACUUUGGAUACGAGCCUGCCCCCGAUUCGCUCCUUGUCAACGGCAUUGGAGCCUACAACUGCUCCAAGGCUGUCGCUGCCCGCGUCGUUAACUGCACCAUGCUUCAGAAGCCCAAUAUUCGCCUGCCAGACGGCGAUCGCGUGCGUCUCCGCGUAGUCAACACCGGUGCUUCCGCCGGAUUCUCCAUGCGCUUUGAUUAUGGCACGGUGGAACCUCUUGCCGUCGAUGGCCACGGUCUAUUAGACAAUUCCACCUCUGCCGCUGGCGGCUUUGGCAUCUUGUACCCUGGCGAGCGUCUCGAUGUAGUCCUAGACAAGACCACAACGCCAAAAGCUGACCGAGACGAGGCUUCAAGCAACAUGUUAACAAUUGAGCUUGACGAUGGAAACAGCAACAUGCCACUGAAAAAUUACGCCCUCACCCGCAUUCAGUCAUUCCCUAUGGACGACAUGAAGGCGACGGCGAAGCGAACACUGAAACGGCGCAAUGAUGCGGUGGAUAUGCUGUCGCUAGCCGACGUCAACGGCAUUGCGCUGUCAGACAAGGCCGCCGCCGCCACCGAGCCGGCCGAAACCGCCGUCUAUUACACAACCAUCAAGAACCGUGCCACCCACGAGAACAGACCUGCUGGCCUGUUUAAUCAUUCGUCCUGGAUCGUCAAGGAUGCCUUUGCGCCGCCUCUUCUAGCGGUCGACGAAGGUCGUUGGGCAGAUCUGGCCAAGGAGCCUAGCCCACUGCAGAACUUUACAGUUUCGGCGUUUGAAACCAGCGCAGCGGGUGCCCCGACGCGAUGGAUGGAUUUGGUUGUCAACAACUUGGACGACAAGGGGCACCCUUUUCACUUGCAUGGGCACUCGUUCUACGUGCUAGUUACACACAAAGGCCGCAAAGGCGAGCAGGGCACCUACAAUCCGUUUGAUCCCGAGUCCAAGCACGACGACUACCCGCGUACGCCCUUUAACCACCUGCUCAAAGACACCGUGUAUAUUCCCCGCAUGGGACACGUCGUUUUGCGGCUGCCUCUGGUCAACAGUGGCCUAUGGCUAGCCCAUUGUCAUGUACUCUGGCACGAAGCCGUUGGUAUGAGUAUGGUAGUUCGCGUGGGUGAUGUCGAUCAGGACGCUAGGCGAGCGGCGGGCGCGUUUUGUGCCAGUCAAAACACGGCUGUGUAA